AUGUCAGAAUCAGAAUUUCCAGAAAUUCAACCAAAUGGAUCAUUAAUACUUGCAUGGCAAGUUAAAAACCGUCAUGUUUUGGUUAUAGGCGGUGGGGAAGUUGCUGCUAGUAGAAUCUAUCAUUUAUUAAAUGCAAAUGCAAAAAUAACAGUGAUUGCUCCAACAAUGAAUUCAGAAAUUGAAUAUAGGGAAUCAAAAGGUUUAUUGCAUGCUGUUCAUAGACGUCAAUUCCAAGAUUCGGAUUUGAAGCUUUAUGAACAAACAGCACCACAAUUGGAGAAGUUUGAUGAAGAGGAAUAUGAAAAAAUUGAUAAAUAUUUAAGAGAAUCAAGAUUUGAAUUAGUAUUAGUUGCAAUUGAUGAUCCAAUUGAAAGCAAAAAGAUUUAUUAUAAAUGUAAAUUACAAGGCCUAAAUGUUAAUAUAGCAGAUGUGCCACCAUUAUGUGAUUUUUAUUUUGGUGCAAUUUUCAGAAAAGGUGAUUUACAAGUUAUGGUUAGUACAAAUGGUAAAGGACCAAGAAUGGCUAGAUUAAUUAAAGAUAAGAUUGCAGAUUCAUUUAGUGAUUAUGAAAUUGAUAAAACUAUCAAAAAUAUAGGGGAUUUGAGAAAGUUAUUAAGAUCUAAAUGUUCAGGAAGUGAUAAUGAUUCAAUUAAAGUACGAAUGGAAUGGAUGACAAAAGUUACAGAUUCUUAUACUUUUAAGCAAUGGAGUGAUAUUGACAUAAGGAAAGUUAUUGAAUAUUUUCCUGGAAUGCCACCAAGUUAUGAUGAAUUGAAAAAUAAUAGUUUAUUAGCUACGUUGGAAAUAUAA